AUGCAAAACAGUCGCCGCCGGACAUUUUGUAUUCAUAAAACAGUUGAGGAAGGUAAAUUGCCGAAUAUGACAACUUCGAUCGCUUUUCCGACCAUACGGAACCUUCAGCGUAAUAUUUUCACUAAGCCCACAUCUGCCUGUGCUCAUACACCGUCUGGAACUGAAUCUACUGUUUCAUCUCGUCCCAUAUCAAGCAAAUCUAUCUCAGAAGAUGUUACCAAGGUUACUACGACUAGUGAUAAGUUGCCAAUCUUAUCAAAAAUAAAAAACCUGAAGGCUCUGAGCGCUAGACGUGCUACAAUUACGACUUUAGAAGCUUCUCAGCGAGAUGCGAUUGAGUCUGAGGAAAAGAGGCUCUGGGGGGAGCUUCUUGAAUCUUUAGUAAACGCCGUAGAUCUAAACACAAAUGGCGCUAAUUUGAAAUCUUUCUGGGCAUCAGACUAUGGACAAAUACAGAGCAUGUUGGAUUCACAUGAAUAUUCCCGUGCGUACCUAGGUCUCUCAAAUAUGAUGCGUGUGAAUAAGAUGAUGGGAAGCCGCUUUGUGGUCUUGAGCGCCAUUCGAGCUUUUUGCAGUUAUCAGUUGUAUAAUUACGCUGAAUGCGCUGACGAAAGUCACAAAUGCUGGCGAUUGCUCACCUGUGCGUUCCCAGGUCCUAAGGUGGUGCUCAACCAUGAAGACAAACCUGUAGCAUUGAAAUGGUUAAAUUCUCGAUUUGUGAUUUUGUGGGCUCGCUCGCUUCUUCUUUGCGAGGGAUACGAUGAAGCUGAGGUCCUCUACAAUCUCAUUUUUUCUCAAGACAAGUGUGAUCAAACCGCCUCUCUUUCCAAUACUUUCCACCUCGCAGAAGACGACCUGUUGCUGCUAAAGAAGGAAUGUGAUUGCGUACCGCAGAUUCGUAUUUUCAGAGAAUAUGUGAAUAACAGGGAAUGGUCUUCUGCGUUAGCGACGAUGAAAUCCAAAGAUCUUCUGGACUUCAUUGAAGCCACUUCCUUGACAUUCUUACAGGCGGUAGUGUUAUUUGAAAACGGGCAGCUGGACGCAGCGAGGGAGGUGCUGUUGGGGUACUUAGCCCAUAUGCCAUAUCAUGACCCCCCUUCUGCUACUUCUUCAGGUAGUGCGGAAUAUCAGUGUGAUGAGGAAAAAUAUCAACAACACUAUAUUGCCAGAGCCUAUCUGAAUGCCAACUUGUUUCUUUCAAAAGUAGGUCUGUAUUGUGGGAGAGAAUACAUGAAUAUUGCCGCUGUAUUGAUUCAGCGGUGUUUAGCAGUGGAUCCGUUUUGCACUCCCGCCAUAAGUUUUGGCUGCCAUUUGGUGGCGCUUGAGGAUUCCAUUUCCAAGGCGGAAUCCGACAUGGAAGCAGGUCGACUUCAGAAUGCGGUUAAACAUCUAACCAAUGCGCUCGCCAUGGAUAGUAAAAAUAAUCGAAUCAAUGCCUUUUUAUUCGUGAUGCGAGCCGAAGCGUAUCUGCAACUUUGUCGUCCCCUCCAGGCUAUUGAGGAUUGUACAAAGAGUAUUGAGCUCGAUGCGGCACAUGCAAAGGCAUUUUUUGUGCGGGCUAAAGCGUAUCAGCGCACGCAAAAGACAGUUGAGGCAGCAGCUGACCGAUGCAUGGCUGCUCGCCUUAAUCCAUCUUAUUUAAAUUUUUCUGAAACCACGGAACCUAAUUUAGGAGGCUCAAAAAAAAACUCUACCGAUCAAGGGUUUGGAUGGAGCCAUCAAAACUUCUCGGAGAACAGACCAGAUCUGCCCAAAGAUACCUUGUAUGAUAUCUUAGGUGUGCAUCCAUGCGCUACUUUUGAGGAUAUUCGACAGGCCUUUAAACGCCACACUUUACAAUGCCACCCUGAUAAAGUGGUAAAUGAAUCUGAGGAUGUUCAGCGAAUUGCUGUGGAUCGUUUUAAGGAACUCAACCGAGCUCACAGUGUGCUGAGAGAUCCUGAAAGGCGAUCUGCUUAUGAUUCAACUCUGAGAAAUAUGUAA